GCUGCCUAUAAGCUGGCUGUAAAGAUAAUAGCUUCAUUUCGCCGGUAUUUGCGCGUCGUGCCACCAUGGAAAUAAAUUUCCACGGGAAAACCGCUCUGGUAACUGGGGCAAGCCAAGGAAUCGGUCGAGACAUCGUCAAGCAGCUGGCCAAAGGCGGGGCGAAAGUGGUGGCCGUAGCCCGAAACAAGGAGCUUCUAGAGAGUCUCCAGAAGGAAGUACCGUCGAUUAAAAUCGUCCCGUGUGACUUGUCGGACUGGAAGGCCACCGAUCAAGCGCUUGCUACUAUAGGGGAUGUAGACCUUUUGGUCAACAAUGCGGGUUUGGCCAUCCUGGGACCUCUCACUGAAGUGAAAGAAUCCGACGUGGACCAAAUCUUUAACAUCAAUGUUAAAGCGUUAAUCCAUGUUAGUCAAAUCGUGGCGAAGAAUCUCCUCCAAAGGAAAGCUCCGGGUUCUAUUGUGAAUAUAUCGUCUCAAGCGUCACAGGCUGGACUUUUAAACCACACUGUGUAUUGUGGUAGUAAAGGGGCGGUGGAUGCUUUCACUCGUGCGGCUGCUUUAGAACUAGGACCGAACAACAUCAGGGUUAACGCUGUCAACCCGACGGUUAUUUUGACAGCUAUGGGAAAACUGGGAUGGUCGGACCCUAAAGUCGCUGAACCCAUGAUCCAGAAAAUCCCGCUUCGGAGAUUCGGGGAAGUACAGGAAGUGGUGGAUGCCGUGUUGUACUUAUUGAGUGACAAGUCCACCAUGAUCACUGGUACUUGUCUUCCGGUGGAUGGCGGCUUUCUUGCUAUUUAAUAAAGUAAGGUUGUAAGGAAAUAAACACUAUCAAAGUACUA